GUUUGACUUCAACAAUUGUAGAUUUCAACAACUUGCUCCUGCGACAAUACCUCCUUCGAUUGAAUCUUACUUAGGUGUUGCUACCACUCGUUCUUAGAUCGAGACUGCUUCAAAAUCUAAUCUUUUUUCUUGCAGCAAGCUCCAAAAUUCAAUCUUGACCUGAUCAAGUCUUCUCCCUUACUCAGACAGUCUCUCUCUCUCUAUUUAUAUCCAUUCAGUUCAAUCUUCUUUCUUGAUUCAAUUCAAUUGGGGAAUUAUUAGAGAUUUGUUCGAAUUCUGCUCUCUGAAUCUUUCAUUUCUUGUUUCCUCUGUUUCUGGAGCAUAACUUGCAGUCGGAGUUAAUGGCGUUACCGUCUUCCGCCUCCCUUGGCCAUCACUUUCCGCCUUUGUCCGCCACCACGCACUCCUCUCUAGCGCAGGCCUUCCCCCGGGCAUCCGCCGUUGAGGCGCCUCCGAACCAGAAGCGCCAGUUGAGAGCUUCGAUACAUGUACCCACCACCCUCUCCAACCUCCUCCACCUCCACGUCGGAAGCGCGCACGCCGCCGGAACCACCGCCGGCGACCUGCCAACCCCGGCGGCUAUCCGGCCCGACACGCCCGCCCUCUCCCCCAAAGAAGACAUAUCCUCUCUGUUCCAGCAGAUCCACGGCCGCGGCGACUGGAGCGGCCUCCUCCACCCGCUCCACCCCUGGCUCCGCCGCGAGAUCAUCAAGUACGGCGAGCUCGCCCAGGUCACCUACGACGGAUUCGACUUCAACCCCUUCUCCGAGUUCUGCGGCAGCUGCCUCUAUGGCCGCGACCGCCUCCUCGCCAAGCUCGGCCUCGCCCGCACUGGCUACACCGUCACCAAGUACGUCUACGCUAUGUCCCAGAUCGGGAUCCCCCGGUGGCUCGAGCGCUCCCUCCACGCCGACGCCUGGAGCACUGAUUCCAACUGGAUGGGCUUCGUCGCGGUUAGCGACGACGCCGAGUCCCGCCGCAUCGGCUGCCGCGACAUAGUUGUCGCCUGGCGCGGCACCAUCGCGCCCACCGAGUGGUUCGAGGACAUUCAGGGGGCGCUCCGCCCGCUCGGCGACGGCCACGGCGACGCCAAGGUGGAGCGAGGCUUCCUCGACGUCUACACCUCCAAGAGCGAGCGGACACGCUACAACAAGACGAGCGCGUCGGAGCAGGUCAUGGCUGAACUCCGCCGCUUGGUGAACCUUUACCUUGAACAGGGCGAGCGCGUGACGCUGACCAUCACCGGCCACAGCCUCGGCGGCGCUCUGGCGCUGCUCAACGCGUACGAGGCCGCGUCGGCGCUGCCCGAGGACGUCUCCGUGAGCGUGAUCUCCUUCGCGGGGCCACGGGUAGGGAACUCGGCUUUUGGGGAGCGGCUGAAGGAGAAGAAGGUGAAGGUGCUGCGGGCGGUGGUGAAGCAGGACGUGGUGCCGCGGUUGCCGGGGAUUCUGUUCAACGAGCGGCUGAAGACGUUAGAAGGGGUGGUGGGGAAGAAGAUGGAGUGGGUGUACGAGCACGUCGGGAUGGAGCUGGGGCUGGACGUGAAAUCGUCGCCGUUCCUGAAGCACGGCGUCGACGUCGCCGGAUUCCACAACCUGGAGAUGUACCUCCACCUGGUCGACGGGUUCGUGAGCCGAGAGAGGGAGUUCAGAACGGAGGCGCGUCGCGACGUGGCGCUUGUGAACAAGACGAGCGGGAUGCUGCUGGAGGAGCUCCGGAUUCCGCCGAACUGGAACCAAGCGGCGAACAAGGGGAUGAUGUGCAACGCCUACGGCCGGUGGGUGAAGCCGACGAGGGAGGCGGAGGACAUCCCCUCGCCUUACAGAGAGGCAACGGAUGCCAUGGCCGAAGAAUUGGGAAGAAGUCGUCCGUACAUUCAUCAUGUUGCAGAAUGAUUAAUAUUAAUUUUUGAUUAGAUGACAACUAAUGAGAUGACGUGGCAAAAUUCUAUC